AUGGUUAAGGUUAUAAUUUCGGGAGCUACUGGGUUCGUAGCACAACAUAUCGUAUCACAAUUAUUGAAAUCAAAUUAUUCAGUAAUUGGUACAGUUAGAUCAGAAUCAAAAGGUCAAAACCUCAAGUCCAAAUUUAAUAAUGAUAAUUUUCAAUUUGAAAUAGUUGAAGAUGUUGAAAAAGCUGGUGCAUUUGACAAGACAUUACAAAAUCAUCAAGAUGCUACAGUAUUUUUACACACUGCAUCGCCAUUUCAUUUCAGGGCAACAGAUAUUGAAAAAGAAUUAUUAUUACCUGCUAUUAAUGGAACUAAAAAUGCACUUGAAGCAAUUACAAAGUAUGGUGAGAAUAUAAAACGAGUAGUUAUUACAUCUUCAUAUGCUGCGAUUGGUACUGCUUCAAUUGAUGCUGAUCCAAAAAAUACAAUCACGGAAGAUGACUGGAAUUUAGUUACUUGGGAAGAAGCUUUAAGUAAUCCAGUUACAGGAUAUCGUGGUUCAAAAACAUUUGCGGAAAAAGCAGCAUGGGAAUUCUAUAAGGAAAAUAAGCCAAAGUGGAAAUUAUCUACCGUUAAUCCUAGUUUCAUAUUUGGUCCUCAAUUCAAUUCAGAUGGUGUGAAAGCUACAUUAAACACAUCAAGUGAAGUAAUUAAUAAUAUUUUGAAAUUGGGUCCAGAUGGACAGUUACCACCAUUUAAAGGUGGUUGGGUCGAUGUUAGAGAUGUUGCAAAGGCUCAUAUUGUUGCAUUUGAGAAAGAUUCAGCAAUUGAUCAAAGAUUAUUAUUGAAUCAAUCAAGAUUUGCUACUCAAUCUAUUAUAGAUAUAAUUAAUGAAAAUUUUGAAUCAUUAAGAGGAAAGAUUCCAAAGGGUGAUCCAGGUAGUGAUAAAAAAAUUAUUGCUACUCAAUUGGCUAAAGUUGAUAAUUCAAAGACUUUGAAAAUUUUAGGAUUUGAAUUGAUUGAUUUGAAAACUUCUGUUAUUGAUUCUGUACAACAAAUUAUUGAUGUAAGAAAAGGUAACUUGUAG